AUGAACGCAAAGGCUCGCAACCCAAUGAAGUCAUUACUGUCAAAUUACCAUUCUGAUACUGUACCGCGAGCGCCGGACGGAGCCGCUGCUCCCAGAAGGUCAAAGGUGGCACGGUCGCCGCCAGACGCCGCCCACCUGCCGGCCAAAUGUCAACGCCGCCCACGCCCCCCGGCCCGCUGCCCGCGAGCGCGGCUGCAGCUACCGGCGCGGAGCGGCGCGCCGCCCAUUUCCUGGCGCAGCCGCGGAAAUGAAGCCAGCCCAGCAAAGCGCAGCCCAGCAGAUAGCCUGCCGGGCAAUCCCUGCUCUACUCUGGCAGCCAUUGUGGCGGCCCCCGCCUUUCCGGGCGGUCGGGGCCGCGACGCUUCACCUCCACCACCAGCUGACGUCCCCUCCCCAGCUACAAAGGCUGACGAAGAUUCACCUAGCAAGCGCGAAAGCGCCACGAGGUCAACAACACCAACACCAAAUCCAGUAUCUCUUAGUGGAACUAAAUUGAUAGAUGUAAGAGUAAUUUACAGAGUAAUAUACACUCCUGGAAAUUGA